AUGCAAUGCUUCAAAGAACUUGGUUUUCGACAAAGAAAUCAUUCAACAGCAACAGCUAGACAUAGAAGAAUGUUAAACAGCCAUGCUGCUUCUCAAGAGGAUUUGGAUGCGGGGAUAGGAUCUUUUGAUUAUAAUGAGCUAAUUGAUGCACAGGCAAAUAGAAACCUUAUUUUAGACACCUCUAUUUCGUAA